AUGGCCUUGGCGGAUAGAGUCAAUCUCGGGCCUCUCACCACGGUCUUCACCGCGCCUGCAGCAUGCUCCACCGCGAUCUUCGCAGACAACAAGCUCGGAUGGAGGGGUCAGUUGUGCGUGGAUGAUGGGCAAUCGAUAACGGACAACACAGACUGUUGGCCGGGAACACAAAGAGGUUUCUAUUCCCCGGGUUUGUUCUGCCCAGAAGGAUACACAUCAGCCUGCACGGCGAGCGCCGUGGAUGGCGUCACGUCAACCGGGUGGAAGGCGCAAUAUCCGCUUCAAGAUGGCGAGACCGCUAUUGGGUGCUGCCCGACUGGGUUCCGGUGCGGUGACCUCGGAAGCGAGGGCCAAACGUGUGUUCUCAGAUGGGGCACCUUGUCCAUGGAACAGCCUACCGCAAAGUGCAUCAACGGACAGUUGACGGAUUUUGGCACCAUGACAUUCCCAUCUCAGAAGCCGAACCUGUAUGCAGGCAUGGUCCAGAUCAACUGGAAGGCUUCAGAUCGGGACGAGUCUGCCACUACUACCACCACUUCGGCCAACUCCGACUCUACAUCCGGUUCCGCUUCCGCCAGCCGCAGCAACCCCGACCUGGGCACGGAUAAGCCAGCGAUGGGUAAAGGAACAGUUGCUGGCACUGUUGUUGGUGUGAUGAUGUUCGUGCUUUUCUUCCCGAUAGGGUGGUUAUUCCGGAGGAAUCGCCAAAAGAAAGCUUCCGCCGAAGCUUCUGCUGAGGGCGGCCAUGACAGUGAUUCAGCUGCUGACCCCACGAGGUCACUUGUGGGAAUGGCGGCAGCUUCCAGAGCCCCUGGUUCCUCAGCCGCUCAAACGCCUCAGCCAGGCUACGCAGAUCACCCAAUGCAUGAGGCUCCAGGGGAUUAUAAGCCUUAUACGGUUGGCGUGUACUCCGUCUCCCAACUUGACGACAACAAGGUCACGCCCGAGUUGCCCAUGCACCAUGAGAUCCACGAAGUAUAUGCCCCUGGUGCCAACACGAUCCCUGAGCUGCCUGAACACAGCGAGGUACACGGGGUUCACGUCCUUGGUGCCCAUACGACGCCCGAGUUGCCUACUCAGCGUUCGGCGUAUGAGGUUGCUGGAACGGCACCAAAGGGACCCAUUCAUCACUCAGUCAAUGACGCCCCUUGGUCACCAGUUGAUCCGUUUGAGGUGUCAGCGACACCGGUAGAUCCCAACCGACCGGGAUCUGGGGCAGCGGGUGGAAGGUGA